CAGCGCUUCCUGCACUAAGGUAGUUGCCGCCGAGUCCCCUUCGCCGGCUCGCUCGCCCUGGUGGUGCCAUGGCGGCCUUUAGCAAGUACUUGACGGCGCGGAACUCCUCGCUGGCGGGGGCCGCUUUCCUGCUGCUCUGCCUGCUCCACAAGCGGCGCCGCGCCCUCGGCCUGCACGGAAAGAAGGGAAAAAAAGAGCGAGCUGUGGUGGACAGGGUGUUUUUAUCAAGGCUCACACAGAUCCUGAAAAUCAUGGUCCCUAGGACAUUUUGUAAAGAGACAGGAUACUUGAUACUUAUUGCUGUUAUGCUGGUGUCUCGAACAUAUUGUGAUGUUUGGAUGAUUCAAAAUGGGACACUCAUUGAAAGUGGUAUCAUUGGUCGUAGCAGAAAAGAUUUCAAGAGGUACUUAUUCAACUUCAUCGCUGCCAUGCCUCUCAUCUCUCUGGUUAAUAACUUCUUAAAAUAUGGGUUAAAUGAGCUUAAACUGUGCUUCCGAGUAAGGCUCACCAGAUACCUCUAUGAGGAGUAUCUCCAAGCUUUCACAUAUUAUAAAAUGGGAAAUCUGGACAACAGAAUAGCUAAUCCAGACCAGCUACUUACACAGGAUGUAGAAAAAUUUUGUAACAGUGUAGUUGAUCUGUAUUCAAAUCUUAUUAAGCCAUUUUUAGAUAUAGUUUUAUAUAUUUUCAAGUUAACAAGUGCAAUUGGAGCUGAGGGCCCAGCAAGCAUGAUGGCCUACUUGGUUGUGUCUGGGCUAUUCCUAACUAGACUGAGAAGGCCCAUUGGUAAGAUGACAAUUACUGAACAAAAAUAUGAAGGUGAAUAUAGAUAUGUUAAUUCCCGGCUCAUUACAAACAGUGAAGAAAUUGCAUUUUACGACGGGAAUAAAAGAGAAAAGCAGACAAUCUACUCAGUCUUCCGGAAACUGGUGGAACACCUACAUAAUUUCAUUUUGUUUCGGUUUUCAAUGGGCUUCAUUGAUAGCAUAAUUGCCAAAUACUUUGCCACUGUAGUUGGUUACCUGGUUGUGAGUCGUCCUUUCCUAGAUUUGUCUCAUCCUCGUCAUCUCAAGAGUACCCAUUCAGAGCUUUUGGAGGAUUACUACCAAAGUGGAAGAAUGCUUUUGCGAAUGUCUCAAGCUCUGGGUCGAAUAGUUUUGGCUGGGCGAGAAAUGACUAGAUUGGCUGUUACAGAAUUAAUGCAAGUACUGAAGGAUUUAAAUCAUGGCAAAUAUGAACGCACAAUGGUCUUGCAGCAGGAAAAGGGUACUGAAGGAGUACAAGUCAGUACCUUGAUACCUGGUGCUGGAGAAAUCAUCAAUGCAGAUAACAUUAUAAAGUUUGAUCAUGUUCCUUUAGCAACACCAAAUGGAGAUAUCUUAAUCCGAGAUCUUAAUUUUGAAGUUCGAUCUGGGGCCAAUGUUCUAAUUUGUGGUCCAAAUGGCUGUGGAAAGAGUUCACUCUUUCGUGUUCUUGGUGAAUUAUGGCCUCUUUUUGGAGGACGUCUAACUAAGCCAGAGAGAGGAAAGUUAUUUUAUGUUCCUCAGAGACCUUGUAUGACUCUUGGAACACUUCGAGACCAAGUGAUAUAUCCAGAUGGAAGAGAAGAUCAGAAAAAGAAGGGGAUAUCUGAUCUUGUACUGAAGGAGUACCUGGACAAUGUACAGUUGGGUCAUAUCCUUGAACGGGAAGGAGGCUGGGACAGCAUUCAGGAUUGGAUGGAUGUGCUUAGUGGAGGAGAAAAACAGAGAAUGGCAAUGGCAAGAUUAUUUUAUCAUAAACCCCAGUUUGCCAUUUUGGAUGAAUGCACAAGUGCAGUCAGUGUGGAUGUGGAAGGCUACAUUUACAGUCAUUGUCGGAAGGUUGGCAUUACGCUCUUCACUGUGUCACACAGAAAAUCUCUUUGGAAACACCAUGAGUACUACCUACAUAUGGAUGGCAGAGGCAAUUAUGAAUUCAAACAGAUCACAGAAGAUACAGUUGAGUUUGGCUCUUAGAGAAAUCUGGAGUAACUGUACCUGCUUCAAUGAAAUCAAAUUAUUACAGAAUACUCUUAGAAAUACAAAGUGCAUUGUAAAAUAAAGUUGAGCUUGUUUUUUUUUUUUUUUGAAAAAAAAAAACAAAACAACGAAUUAACUAGGUAAAGUGUAAUUGAGGACAUAUUAAAACAUUUAAUAUUAUAUAGGAUAUUGCUAAUUGUGUAUAUGUUGGUUUAAUUAUUAAUAUGUACUAAGAAUGUCCUUAUUCUUGUGGUUAAAAACCUGCCUAAAUUAAAUUGGGCUUAAAUCAGUGUAAUCUGAUUCAUCCUGGGAUGUAAACCAUUUGAAGUCAGCUAAUCUGACUUUUAUGGCUCUGUCUUUUCCUUCAAUGAAGAGCCCUGUUUAAAACUGGGGUCAUCUCUUGUCCAGUUCAAACAAAGUAGUCUUGAGUUUCAUUUUCUUGUGCCCCAUGGUAAUGGGAACCAAACGAAUCACAGUAUAUUCUUAAAAUGUAUGACAUCUCUUUGCUUAAUGGCAUUUAUCACACAGUGGCAGAUUUCUUUUGCUGCCAAUUAUACUCAUUCCUUAUAUAUGCCUUGGGGUGUACUUGACCCCAAGAGAGCCAUUUGGACUUUAUUAAGCUAAAUAAUAAAUGUGCCCUUCUCAAUCUGCAGGAUUGAGUUGUUUUGAGGGUUCUUUGUGGUGAUGUAAUGAAAGUGUAUGUAUAGUCUUGCCUAGAAGGGAUGGUUACUACAUGUCACACCUAGUCUUCCCAAUGUUUGGGAUAUUAAAAUGCAAAGUUCUUACAUGUCAAGCUCAAGGUCUUACAAGCAGUUUAGAUCUUGAAGAAAAUUGGACAGAUUUGUGUGUUAGGAGCCUACUCUUUAGAAGCGUGGUGGUCAUAUGGUCUUAGACUCCAGGUGAGCCAUAGGUAAUGCACCACGUGAAGCAAUGCACUGAGUAUGCAGGGCCAUCACAGUCUCUGACUGUGAUUUUAUUUUGAAGAAUAUGUUAAAAAUUAUCACACACAUGGGUGAAUUAUGUUUCCUAGGUACUGGUUUAUCUCUGAAUCUUGAAUAACUUUUUCACAUUUGGGUUAUUAUAUUAAAACUAUCCUAAGUGAAUUUCAGUUCACCAAACCAACAUUAAUGACUACAUGUAUUAUUUGCACAAGGAGAACUGAAUCUGAGUGUAAUUAAUAAGCUAGACAUGAAUCAGUUUUAUCAACGUGGGUUUGGAAAGGGGCAUUUUAUAAUCUUGUUUCUGCAACUGGUUUUAUUUUUUGCAAAAUUAACUAAAAUCACUGGCUAUCGAAGUAAACUUGAUGUACUGAUUACAUAAUACAUAACAUUCAGUUUUUACCA